GAGGGCGGGGCCGGCCCAGCCUUCCAGACCCGCUGCGGGGACGUCCGCUGAGCGCGCGAGGGAGCCUGCGCUUUUCCGAGUCGCUCUCUUCCGGGCCCGGUGCGGUGGUCGGCAUGGCCCGUGGAAAUCAACGAGAACUUGCCCGCCAGAAAAACAUGAAGAAAUCCCAGGAAAUUAGCAAGGGAAAAAGAAAAGAGGAUAGCUUGACUGCCUCUCAGAGAAAACAGAGAGACUCUGAGAUCAUGCAACAAAAGCAGAAAGCAGCUAAUGAGAAGAAGUCUAUGCAGACAAGAGAAAAAUGAUGACUGACAAUUUGGAAAACCUGGGUGCUACUGCCAACUAGGUGUAUUAUAAGCUCUAUGAUCAAGAUUUUGUAGAGUGAACAGUCAUUACAUAUGUUAUAUCUUUAUAAAAACUUUUAAACUUUACCUUUCAGUCUGACUUAGUAUAAUGUUUCAGAACCAUUCUUCAAAGAAUAAAACACUAACCAUGCAUGUGA